CUUGGUAAAGCAUCCUCUGAAGCGAGGAGUUCGAUUAGGACUUCAUUACGCACUCCUGAAAGCUGUGGGAUACCUUGUACCCUUGUCCCCGACCAUGGCACCUGUGAUCUUGCUGUUGUUUCUCCUGCUCUCAGGAAGUAUGUCUUUAGACAUGAAGCCUAAAAAAUCCGCACUGCAUCAACUUACCAAAAGCCUCCUUCGGAAUUACAGGAAGGGAGUCCGUCCUGUCCGGAACUGGACUCAAUCAACCAUGGUUUACAUUGACUUCAUUACGCAGUCUAUCCUGGAAGUGGAUGGACAGAACCAGAAAGUGACCUUAAGCGUUUGGUAUCGUCAGAUUUGGAAUGAUGAAUUUUUAGUUUGGGACCCCGCAGAAUUUGACGGAAUCAAUGAAAUCUCCUUGUCUUUUGACGCCAUCUGGGUUCCUGACAUAAUCAUCAGUGAAUU